AUGAGCGUUGUGCCGCGAUUUACUUCGCAACGCAAUCCGUCCGCCACCCGGCCAUGCUUAACUACUUCAGAGCGUGAGGUGGGGAUGAUGCAUCUUUCCCACAUGGAGCGUUUGGCACGUAUCCGCUUGGGUCCAUCCAAAAGGAUUAAAGAUACCAUGGAUGCGGACUUUGCAGAGGAACAUGGCGGAGAAACCUUGAGGAGAUCGGACCCUUUCGGUAGAGCUAGCAGUCGCUACAAGCGUUUAGUUAAGGCAGAGGAAAAAGACUUGUACAAAAAGAAUCAAGUGCUUUUAAACCAUCUUAUUGAUAGUACUAGGGACUCGGUGCGCUGUGCACAGCAACUAUAUGGAAACACGGGCGAUAAAUCUGAAAUGACUAGACGUAGAGCAGAGCAGGCAAAACGGCGAUGGCUAAGACGUCGAAAGAGUGCUGAGUCCAUCCAACGGGCGAACCAAACUCUUUUGCGGCAUUUAAUCGAAGUAAAGCCUGCCAUCCGGACUACCAAAUCAUUGAAUAACUGGUAUAACAAUGUUCAUUCGAAUCGUGUGGCGACAAUUAGCCGUUUUCGACCCGCGGAGUCGUUUGCGGGGGCUCGAAUCCUAACAAACGAGUGUGGGGUGAAAUUACAGCGCGGCCACCCUCCCAAGACGGGAGGGUCUGACUGGGGGGUUUACGAUAGUCAGAGCAUAGAGGAGAACGAUCGGACGCGCAUGACGCGGAUGCCACUGAUGCGUGGACAUCCCUUUCCCCCCCCUACCCUUGGGGAGCUGAUGCGGACGGUGCCGCGUGCGUUGCUUCCACCUUUGAUGUCGACUUCCUACGAUGGCUACCUCAUCAACGCGAGCCAGAGGCAACCCGGCCCGCCCCCCCGGGCCUCCUCGGCGCGGCAUCCGCCAUGGCAGAGCAUCUCGGCCUCUGACGUCGCGAUGAUCCACCACGUGCGGGACUCCAUGCUGGCUGGAGGUGGCCCCACAGCGUUCGUCCAAGACCAUGAGGAGGGAGGCUGUACGCAGCUCUGGCGCCGCGCGGUGCAGCGAGGGGAUCGUGAGGGGGGCCUUUCAUGCGCGGAAUCACGCCCGGCCGAGUCCUGUGCGCGGCGGCGAGGGAACUCCUUGGAGCGGCAAGUUUCGGGCCGCGCGGAGGACCUGUCUGGGACAGCGAUGACGGGCGGGCAUUCCGCUAAUUCAAGGCUCUGGCGCCUGAAAGGGACGCCGCGGGUGAAGGCUCCUGGGUAUCCUGGAUCCCCGGUAGACAGCCAAGGAUUGACCUCAAAUGCGGCCUCAUCGGAGGCGUAUCACCAAACAGGCUUGUCAUCCGACGCAUUGUCUCUAUCUUUAGGAAAAGAUCCCUCUGAGCAUGACCUCCGUUCCUCUACGCCAAUUCCCCUCAACCGCAAAGUUGACACGCAAUAUGACACGCAACCUGGUGAGUGGAUGGCAAAUGGGACGGAAGUGAUAUCGACUGAGUUACAGAUGCAACAGGAAAAAGAUUGCUCGCCUGACAUACCAUAUCAUGCUUUGCUGAAUGAAUGGUUGGAGGCGUCAAAGCGUGGAGCUGGGAAAGCAUAUAUUGGACUAUGA